CCAAAAGCUUCUUCAUUCCAAGCAUCAGUGAAUUACGCCGAAGCUUCAUCUGCAAUUGUCUAACCUUCCUGUCAUCACGGACGCGCAUGAUCUCUUUUCUCGCUCCUUCUUUUCGCCGACUGUUACCCUACUCGAUUGACGUUCACCGGUUUCCUUCAUCAACAUAACAAUUCCACCCGUCUCCACAGCCAGAGAAUCAGCAUAUCGCAACAACAUCACCAAUUAUGUUCGAGCAGCUUCACUCUGGCGAGCUUCAGCUGCGUGAUAUCGGAACGUUCAUACUGGAAGGUCGUUGUAGCAACAGUAUCCAAGCACGACGCGGACAUCAUCACACACCCAACCUCUCAGAGAAUGCACAAAAGAUCCGCAAGCGCUUCGCAGAUCUAUGGCAAAAAUGUAUAAGCCUCCAAAGCGUUUGCCCAUGCCAUAUUUGGUGUUUCGGUAGCUGGGCUUACGACAGCGGUCUGCGCCCAAACUCUCGCACUUGCCAUCUCCUGGAGCGAAUUCUGUUGAAAGAUGACCGCAUUUCCAAUCCUUAUCUUACAUGGAGCCGUCAGGAUCUGGUAUCCGCCUUGAUGCAACGAAAGGAACAGCUGCCAAAGAACUCAAGCAGAGUCUCUUAUCGUUUAAGCCUCGAAGCCGCCGACCAGAAUCGCUGGGUACCUUUCAUGAAGCUCCCUAGCGAGAUCCGUAUGAUGGUAUACGAGAAUAUCAUGCAAGUCGACUUCGGCAAAGAGAUUUCUGCGAAAGAAAAUUCGAAAUUCAGCCCGCCAAUAAUGUCAGUGAGUCGACAGGUUCGACGCGAGGCCACUACAAUCUUACUUCAAAACUUGAGAACCACCGACAUCCGACUCCAUGAAGGCUUCGAAUUGGCUCUGCCUGAUGUAAUUCCUCAGUUCGGGCUCGACAAGAUUGAUCGGUCAUGGCUCAAGCAUCUCGGGCCUCAGAAGAUUACAGAAUUUCGUACAACCAUCAUCGAGGGCGACUCUACGAACAGACUUUGCGAGAUCAAGAUCGAUCUGACCUGCAUAGAUACUAGAAGUUGGAAAUACCGGCAGAUUCUUGCUUGUGACUUCAAUUGCCCACUCAGAUGGCGUAAUAGAUGUACUUUGGGCUGGUGGAACCCAUCAUGCCGUGGUCCACUGUCUGCAUCUGAGCUGCGGCCAGUACAAGUUGCUAUGGAUCAAUUUGUAGAUCUUUGCGGAGGAGCGAAGAAAGUCAGACCUACCAUCGAGGGCCUAGAUAUAUUGGCAAGAGCUGUGAUGAUGCUACGCAUCUGAAGGCAAGGCAAGAAGAGAUGGCAGGCCUGCAAACGGUCUCGUCUACGCGAACAGAUCCACACGAUAACAACUACCACAACACAGGAAGCAGGUGGCCGUAGGAAACAACCACGAAAAUUUCUUUUUAGCAAUGGAGAAAACCCAGGAUCCAGGG